CAUCCUUGAAAUUUUUUGUUUUGACAUUACGAACAAGACCCGUCUUCCACAUUUUGUCUUUUUCGCGCAUGUUUCAAUCAUUGUUAACAGGGGGCAUCUUGGCUUUGCAGAGAUUUAGUGGAAGGGCCAUUGGCCCUGAGAGAGAAGACGGAGAGGCUCUCCCAAAUUGUUUGCUGGAGCACAAGUGUGGGAUGGAUGAGAAAGACAUUCUUGGCCUGGAGGCAGGAAGUGGUCCUGAUGCCAACAAGACUGGGAGUCGUGGAGAAUUCUGGGAAGAAACAGUGAAAAAGAUGAUGGAUGAAGACAUUAACAGUUCUUAUGUACAGCAACAGUGCUUCAGGAACUUAUCCUACAAGGAGACGGCGGGGCCCCGAGAGGCUUGCACCCGUCUCCAUCAUCUUUGUCGCGAGUGGCUUCAACCAGAAAAGCACACCAAGGCUCAGAUUCUGGACUUGGUGAUCCUGGAGCAGUUGCUGGCCAUCCUUCCCCCGGAGAUGUCCAGCUGGGUGAGGGAAUGUGGAGCGGAGACCAGUUCCCAGGCGGUGGCCCUGGCCGAAGGCUUCCUCCUGAGUCAGGCCAAGGAGAAGAGGCAGGAAUGGCAAAAGGUUAAAAAUCUGUCUGCAGAAAUUCAGUCUGAGACUUUUCUGGUAGAGGAAAUUUCAUCGGACCACAGACAGAAUCUCCUGCAAGAAAAGAGCAAACAGGCUGGUGACAGAGAUGCCACUUUCCAGGGGGAUGGAAUGAUGUUGGCAACCUGGAGCGACUCCUCUUUUCUUUGUGAAAAGGUGGAAUUAGAGGAGAUCAAGAGUCCAAUGACCUUUGAGGAGGUGGCCGUGUAUUUCACCCAGGAGGAGUGGGCGCUGCUGGAUCCGGACCAGAGGGCCCUCCACCAGGAGGUCAUGGAGGAGAACUUUGGGGUCGUGACCUCUCUUGAUAAUUGGAUGAAAACAAAGGCAUGUACCAAGUGUGGAAAGUGUUUUCUGCACAAACUGGACCUUGCCAGGCACCAGAGGACCCACAUGGGAGAGGAGAGCAGUACCAGAGAGGAGCCCAAGAAAUGCAAGAAGUGUGGCAAAUGUAUUGUUCUGCACAAAGCACUUAGCUCUAAUGCAAGGAACCGCACAACAAAGAAGUGGUGUAGAUGUGAAGUUUCUGGAAAAUAUUUGAGCCACAAGUCACAACUGGCAAACCAAGAGAGAGGCUGCACAAGGGAGAAGCUGUGCGCAUGCCAAGAAUGUGGGAAGGAGUUUACCAGUAAUUCCACUCGUCUAAUCCACCAGAGAGUCCACACAGGAGAAAAACCAUACAAAUGCCAAGAGUGUGGCAAACGUUUUGCUUGGAAUUCAGACUUUGCAACUCAUCAGAGAGUCCACACAGGAGAGAAACCAUACAAAUGUCAGGAGUGUGGGAAAUGUUUUGUCAGGAAUUCAAACCUUUUGAUUCAUAGGAGAGUCCACACGGGAGAGAGACCAUAUAAAUGCUUUGAGUGUGGGACAUGUUUUACUCAGAGUUCACAUCUUGUGACUCAUCAGAGAGUCCAUGCAGGGGAGAAACCAUAUAAAUGUGAGGAGUGUGGGAAAUAUUUUCGUUAUAAUUCACAAAUUGUGACUCAUCAGAGACUCCACAAGGGAGAGAAACCAUACAAAUGCCAGGAGUGUGGGAAAUGUUUUACUUGCAGUUCAGGCCUUUUGACACAUCAGAGAGUCCACACAGGAGAGAAACCAUACAAGUGCCCACUGUGUGAGAAAUGUUUUGCCAGGAACUCAACCCUUUUGAUCCACAAGAGAAUACACACAGGAGAGAAACCAUAUGAAUGCCAAGAGUGUGGGAUGUGUUUUGCUCACAGUUCACACCUUGUGAAUCAUCGGAGAGUCCACACUGGAGAGAAACCGCACAAAUGUCAGGAGUGUGGGAAAUGUUUUUCUCUUCCAUCACAGCUUUUGAACCAUAGUAGAGUCCACACGGGAGAGAAACCAUACAAAUGUCAGGAGUGUGGAAAAUGUUUUGCCAAUAAUUCACAAGUUGUGACUCAUCAGAGAAUCCACACAGGCGAGAAACCGUACAUAUGCCAGACAUGUGGGAAAGGUUAUACUCGCAGUUCAGGCCUUUUGACACAUCAAAAAAUCCACACAGGAGAGAAACCAUACAAAUGCCAGAUGUGUGGAAAAUGUUAUAGCUGUAGCUCAGGCCUUUUGACACACCAGAUAGUCCACACAGGAGAGAGACCAUACAAAUGCCAGGAAUGUGGAAAAUGUUUUGCUAGGAAAUCAAGCCUUCUGAUCCAUAAGAGAGUCCACACGGGAGAGAAACCCUAUAAAUGCCAGGAGUGUGGAAUAUGCUUUGCUCACAGUUCACACCUUGUAACUCAUCGGACAGUCCACACAGGAGAGAAACCCUAUGAAUGCCACCAGUGUGGGAAAUGUUUCGCUCGCAGCUCAUACCUUGUGAUUCAUCAGAAAAUCCAUACAGGAGAGAAACCAUACAAAUGUCAGGAGUGUGGGAAAUGUUUUGUCAGGCAUUCAAACCUUCUGCUCCACAGAAGAGUCCACACAGGAGAGAAACCAUGCAAAUGCAAAGAGUGUGGGAAAUUCUUUGCUCCGAAUUCGCAGCUUGUGAAACACAUGAGGCUCCACACAGGGGAGAAACCGUUCAAAUGUCGAAAGUGUGAGAAAUGCUUUGCUCAAAAGUCGGACCUUGCCAUUCAUGAGAAAGUCCACAUGGGAGAGAAACCACACAAAUGCCAGGAGUGUGGGAAAUAUUUUUUUCAAAAAUCUGUGCUUGUGAAUAAACCACACAAAUGCCAGGAGUGUGGGAAACAUUUUUUUCACAAAUCUGUGCUUGUGAACCAUCAGAGAGUCCACCAUACAGGAGAGGAACCAUACACAUGCCAGACCUGUGAGAAAUUCUUUACUUCCAGUUCACACCUUCUGAUGCAUGAAAGAGUCCACACAGGAGAGAAACCCUAUAAAUGUGAGGAAUGUGGGAAAUGUUUUGCCCGGAAUUCAUCCCUUUUGAUACAUAAUAGAAUACACACCGGAGAAAAACCAUAUAAAUGCCAGGAGUGUGGGAUAUGUUUCGCUCACAGUUCUUGCCUUGUAAUUCAUCGCAGAGUCCACACAGGAGAGAAACCAUACAAAUGCCAUGAAUGUGGAAAAUGUUUUCUUUGCAGCUCCCACCUUGUGGCUCAUCAGAGAAUUCACAAGGGAGAGAAGCCAUACAAAUGCCAAGAGUGUGGGAAAUGUUUUACUUACAGUUCGCACCUUGCAAGUCAUCGAAUAAUCCACAUAGGAGAAAAAUCAUAUAAAUGCCAGGACUGUGGGAAAUGCUUUGCUCUCAGUUCACAGCUUGUAAAACACUGUAGAGUCCAUACUGGAGAGAAAGCAUACAAAUGCCAGGAGUGUGGGAAACAUUUUGCCAAAAAUUCACAAGUAGUUACUCAUCAGAGAAUCCACACAAGAGAGAAACCAUACAAAUGCCAGAUCUGUGGUAAAAGUUACUCUUGCACUUCAGGACUUUUGACACACCAGAGAGUCCACACAGGAGAAAAACCAUACAAGUGCCAGGAGUGUGGGAAAGGUUUUGCUCACAGUUCAUACCUUGUGAUUCAUCGUAGAGUCCACACAGGAGAAAAACCAUACAAAUGCCACGAAUGUGGGAAGAGUUUUAUUUGCAGUUCCCACCUUGUGGCUCAUCAGAGGGUUCACAAAGGAAUGAAACCGUAUCAGUGCCAGGAGUGUGGGAAAUGUUUUACUUACAGUUCACACCUUCUGAGUCACCAUAUAGUUCACACAGGGGAGAGAUCAUAUAAAUGCCAGGAGUGUGGGAAAUGCUUUGCUCUCAGUUCACAGCUUGUGAAGCAUAGGAGAGUUCACACCGGAGAGAAACCAUACAAAUGCCAGAUCUGUGGUAAAAGUUAUUCUUGCAGUUCAGUCCUUUUGAUACACAAGAGAGUCCAUACAGGCGAGAAACCAUACAAAUGUCAGGAAUGCGGGAAAUGUUUUGCCAAUAAUUCACAAGUUGUGACUCAUCAGAGAAUCCACACUGGUGAGAAACCGUACAAAUGCCAGAUCUGUGGCAAAAGUUAUUCUUGCAGUUCAGUCCUUGUGAUACACAAGAGAGUCCACACAGGAGAGAAACCAUACAAAUGUCAGGAAUGCGGGAAAUGUUUUGCCCGGAAUUCAACCCUUUUCAACCACAAAAAAGUGCACACAGGAGAGAAACCCUAUAAAUGCCAGGAAUGUGGGAUGUGUUUUGCUCGUAGCUCACAUCUUGUGACUCAUCGGAGAGCCCACACAGGGGAGAAACCAUACAAGUGCCAGAAGUGUGGGAGAUGUUUUGCUCGCAAUUCAUACCUUGUAACUCAUCAGAGGGUCCACAGGGGAGAGAGGGCAUAAAUGUAUCAGGAGAUUUAGAAUUUGUUUAUUUACAAUUUACAUCUUUGGAAUCAUCAGACAGUCUAUACAGGAGGACAACCAUGCAAACGCCAAGAGUGUAGGAUUUAGUUUGCUCUCAUGGUGCAGUGGUUAGACUACUGUAUUGCAGCCCAAACUACUCACAACCCAGAUUUCAUUGCCAGGUAGCCGGCUCAAGUUUCGCUCAGCCUUACAUCUUUCCGAGGUCGGUAAAUUGAGUACCCAGUUCACAGGAGGUGGAGAGCAAUGUGUAAAUAUAUUGUAAACCACUCAGAGAGUAUCUGUGAAGAUUCUCAAUCAGGAAGAAGCUAUGUUGAUGAGUAGUGAAACGU